AUGGCAGAGCCUUCGCUGCCCCUCUCCUUCCUCUGCCUCCUCGCCUUGUCCUCCGCCUGCUACAUCCAGAACUGUCCCCGGGGCGGCAAGCGGGCCCUGGCCGACACAGCCCUCCGACAGUGCAUGCCCUGCGGCCCCGGGAACAGAGGCAACUGCUUCGGCCCCGGCAUCUGCUGCGGCGCCGAGCUGGGCUGUUACCUGGGCACGGCAGAGACGCAGCGUUGCGCCGAGGAAGACUACCUGCCUUCACCCUGCCAGGCCGGCGGGCAGCCCUGCGGCUCCGGCGGCCGCUGCGCCGCACCCGGCAUCUGCUGCACCGCCGAAACCUGUGCAAUGGACGCCGGCUGCCUGGAUGAGGGCAGCGACGGUGCUCAGGAGACGGCGGAAAAGAACCUGACAGUGCUGGACGGCUCGGCUGGAGAUCUGCUCCUCAAGCUCAUGCACUUGGCGAACCGACAGCAGCAGGGCAAGCAUCCCCUCCUCUGA